AUGCCUUGGGUGACGUUGGACCCUCCCCCGCUGUGCCUCCCCUCCCUGUCCCCGCUGAACCGGAUCCUCCCCCCCACCAUCCACGAUGUAGGCGCCCGCCGACUUUCUGGGGAGCGCUUCAUCUCGGGGGGGUACCCGCCAGGGCGGAGCUGCGUGCUCGGCCUCUCCCACGUGUGGAGCGUCCUACUGGCCGCCGCCUGGGUGGCACUGAGGUUCACCGCGUUCACCGUCCUGCAGGGAGGGGGGAUCCUGGGUUUUCGGCUGUGCGGUCCUGAAGGUCAGGGGUUCUCAUUGGACGCCUCCUCGCUGCCCCUGGUCCUUUACGUCUUCUCUGCUGUCAUCUACCUAAGCUGCAGCGCCGCCGCCCACCUGCUGGAGUCCCACUCGGAGCUCCGGCACCGCUCCCUGUUCCUGCUGGACUACGUGGCCGGGACCGUCUACCAGUACGGCUGCGCCCUGGCUCUGAGCCUCUACAGUGCAGACGCCGCCUGGGCGCAAGGCAUGCUGGGACAGGCCUUCCUCCCGGCUGCCGCCCUCCUCGCCUGGUUGUCCUGCACCGCCUGCUGCUACGCCGAGCUCCGCCCCCGUCGGCCGUACCCGCUCGGCCGGAGGCUGUGCCUGUUGGCGGCGGUGGCCGCCGCCUCCCUGCUGGACAUCAGCCCCGUGGCACAGCGCCUCGCCACCCACAGCUGGACCAGCAGCUCGGCGCUGCACUUCCUGCAGGUGGUGCUGUUCCUGCUGUCAGCCUUCUUCUUUUCCUUCCACGUCUCCGUGCGCUUCUACGCGGGCCGCCUCGCCCUCCAGCUCUCCCACGUCCUGCUGAGCUUGUGCACGCUGGCCCAGCAGGAGGCGCUCUUCCGGGACUUCCUGUGGAGGCGUGCAGCGCUGGUCAGGGAGCUGGGAGAGGAGCGCCUCCUGCUGGCCUGCGCCUCCUUGCCUGGCCUGGCAAUGUGCUGCGCCACCACCGCGCUUGCCAUGAGGAGGCGGGCCCAAGCGCAGCAAAUAUAAAAGAAAGCAACAACUUCACGGACACAAACUGGAAAACGUUUGCCAAAUAAAGACAUCUUGUUAAAAAAUAAUAAUACUUUAAGUAUGAAUUAAUACAAUUUAAUGUGUAAAAGUUCAUUCAAUAAAUGUUUUAUUAUCUGAUUCCAAACCGAGGAUCCUCCCGUUGAACGACCUCCUCGAUGUGAUGACUCGUGUUACUUUAAUCAUUUAUUCGUCGAUACAAAGUGAGGAAACAGGUUUAC